UAAAAUCAAAUUAAACAACUCAAUUUAUAUUUUCCGCAUCUAAAUUCUCCCUCCCUUCUUCUUUCUCUCUAAAAUGACAAAAUAACAGAGCCCUAAAAUCUCGAUCUGGUGGUUGUCCAAAAAUCGACGAGCUCACAGUAAUAGCGAACACAAGCUCAGUUAAAAGGAAAAAAGAAAAAUAUUCCUCAACACCUAGCGAAAACGACAUUUCUUUUGUCAAUUAUCUUCAAUCGUAGCCGUCGGAAGUGCGAUAUUAUUUCUUGUAUUCCGAUCUUGAGGGCCUUGCCUGUGCAGUCGUCAGAAUAAGCCUCACCGCUGCUGGAAACUGCCUCACUUAUGUGUGGGGGUGAUAUUAGGAGGUCAGGGAUCGUAAAUUUUGCUGGAUGCGUGUUAGGUGCGGGUGGAUAAAUGCAUGUUACCGGGGAUCUAGGGUUUUCGAGCCUGGUCCUUCUGCUUUGUGUGGUUUUUCCGGUGAUCGGCUUUGUAAUUCGUCGGAAAUGGCGGCUUUCCAUAGCCAGGCAAGAGGAGAUCAAGCGUUUAUUGAUUUUGGCUUCGGAGGAGGCCGCUAGGGCUGAGCUUGAGGCUACUGUUUCCUAUGUGGCCGUUUCUGCUUCAAAAAAUAACUAUCAGUGUGCCGUUUGUUAUUCUCCUACCACCACAAGGUGUUCCCGGUGUAAAACUGUCAGAUAUUGUUCUGGAAAGUGUCAAAUAAUACACUGGCGACAAGGUCACAAGGAAGAAUGCUGUCCUCCGAGCACCACUUAUCAUGUUAAUGAUGACGGAGGCAAUUCUUCUCAGAAGCUGGCAAAACGAAGUCAACGUGUUAUUUAUGACAUAGUUGGAAAUGAAUCAAUUGAGACAUCAUCUGAUGGACCUGUAUUAUCUAAUUCUAGUAGCACUACUGCAGUUCCACUUGUAAAUGCUGAUUAUGUUAAGGUUGAUUUUGUUGUAGAUACAGGGGAUUCAUCUUCUUCUGAAUCAUCAAGCACCUCCUUUUCUGGUUUCUCCACUUCUCCAACCGGUGGUGAAUCAUCUGAUAACGUUUCUGUUGGUGAGAGUAUCAGUUCUAAUGAACCUGAGGGAUUAGAUAGAACAACAGCUCUUGAUACCGCCCCUAACGUACUUGAGCCUGUUUUAAACAAGGCAGAGGAAACUGAGCCUGUGUCUCCAAAGUUUGCAAGUUUAGCUGAUUCUGUUGAUAGUUUUAAUAAAUGUAGCGAAUCAAAUAUAUCUCGCUGCAAUGAUGGAGAGAUGCAGCAUGUACCCACUGGUUGUUCAAGUCAGAGUAUCAGUGCCAUGCGCAAGGGUUCAAAUACUCAGUCUAGUAAAGUUUCUUCUGGUUUUUGGGAUAGAACUCUCAAGCCUGUUGUGUCCAGCAAUGUUGCUCAAGAUGAUCCAAAUCUGCCCAGUUCCAGUGCAGCUGCUAACAUGAAGUUAUCUGAUUCUGAGUCAUUCCUACAUUUUAAGUUUGAUUUAUCUAGUAAUAGAGUUUCUUCUUUAAAUCUUCAAACCUCAGAGGUGAAAGGCACCAUGUCCGGUGAUGCACAUCCAUCUCCUUUGGGGACUAGCAGGCCUGUUGAUGGGGCAUCUUUAUCAAAAAACACUAGUUAUGAUACAUUGAGGAUAAAGAGUUCCAAAACUAUGAGCCUUGAGAAGUCUAGUCAUAUAGAUAACAGAUCAGGUUAUGGUUCCAAUGUGUCAAAGCUGAGUGAGGUAAAAUCUGUGUCAUCAUCCUCUUCACAUGCUCAUUUACCUUUGAACAAUGGAGAAUUAUCACAUGUGGUUGAUUCAAAAUCCAAUGGUUAUAAAUCUCCAUCCUCAAGCCUGAACGGAUUAAAUAUUAUUAACAAUGAUACUGUUAGUGAUUCACAUGUUUCUAAGUCCAGAGAUUCAUCUAGUGCUUCUCAAAUCCAUUUGGCUUCUAGUGCCAAUGAGCAUUCAUUUCCGAGUGUGAAAUCUGGAAAAGUGGACAAUGUUGAAACCGAUGCUAUAGCUGCUUCUCCAGGCUCAGCUAGUGGACUAAAAUCAUCUAUGUGGAAAGUUGUUGACCAACUUAGAGGACCUAAAUAUGCAAAAUACAGUGAUAAGGGGCUUUUUUCAUACAAUCUAUUUGUAAAGCUAUAUACUUCAAGCAAGGUGGAAAUGAAACCUUGUGGCCUUGUCAAUUGUGGAAACAGCUGUUAUGCAAAUGCUGUUCUUCAAUGCUUGGCAUUUACUCCUCCCCUGACAGCUUACUUUGUUCAAGGACUCCAUGCUAAAGAAUGUGUAAAUAAAGAAUGGUGCUUCACUUGUGAGUUUGAAAGUUUAAUUUUGAAGGCAAAGGAAGGGAAAUCUCCACUUUCUCCUAUCGGUAUACUCUCUCAGCUGCACAACAUUGGAAGUCAGCUGGGUAGUGGAAGGGAAGAAGAUGCACAUGAAUUCCUAAGGUAUGCUAUUGAUACAAUGCAAUCUGUUUGCCUUAAAGAAGCUGGGGUGAAUGUAUUAGGUUCCCUUGAGGAAGAAACCACUCUCAUAGGUCUUACUUUUGGAGGUUACCUUCGCUCAAAGAUAAAAUGCAUGAAGUGCCAUUACAAGUCAGAGCGGCAUGAAAGAAUGAUGGAUCUUACUGUUGAAAUAGAAGGGGAUAUAGGGAAGCUUGAAGAUGCACUUAAACGAUUCACGAGUACUGAACUUCUUGAUGGAGACAACAAAUAUCAAUGCAGCAGAUGCAAAUCUUUUGAGAAGGCCAAGAAAAAGUUGACAAUAGUGGAGGCACCCAAUGUACUUACAAUUGUGUUGAAGCGCUUUCAGUCAGGUAAAUUUGGAAAGCUCAAUAAGUCCAUUCGAUUCCCAGAGAUCCUGGAUUUAGCACCAUAUAUUAGUGGCACAAGUGACAAAUCACCCAUAUACAGGCUUUAUGGGGUGGUUGUUCAUUUGGAUAUCAUGAAUGCUUCAUUUUCUGGGCACUACGUGUGCUACAUAAAAAAUAUCCAGAAUAAGUGGUUCAAGAUUGAUGAUAGUACGGUAACAGCUGUGGAUCUCGACAGAGUCUUAACAAAAGGAGCAUACAUGCUACUUUAUGCAAGGUGCUCACCAAGGGCUCCAAGAUUGAUAAGGAACAGUUUAGUGUCUCGUGAACUAAAAACAAAAGGCACUUCAAAACUCAAUGCAAAGAAUACUGCAUUGAAUUCAAGAUCCACAUCCAGUCACUCAAGUAUCGUUCGCUUAAAUCCAAAUUCUAAUUCUCCUGAUAGUUUGGCCAGUGUUGAAUCUUUCUAUUUGAAGUUCAACCGGCUUCAAAAAAUUUUAGAAGAGGACUCCUCAAGUGACAAUUAUUCUUUUACUAGCAGCAACUCGGAUGAGGGUUCAUGCAGUACUGAGAGCACCCGAGAUUCUACAAGUACUGAUGAGCUUUCUGAUUACAUUUUUGGUGGUUGGAACAACUCUUGGAGGAACACUUCUGAUUCUGACACUUCAUCGUCAUCCUCUUCCCCCUUGUACUCGAGGUACUCACCAGAGAUGAGCAGGCUGGCGGUGGCAGAAGGCGAAUGGAAUAGCAGGCUAGUGGAUGUGGAAAUCAGGGAUAGUGAUCCUUUUUUCCAUUCUGACACGAGUAAACAAUUUAGAAAGUUAGGGAAUAGUAGUAGUUGUAGGGAGACUGACUCGGCAAAAUUAGGACGGGUUAACCCUGUAAAAUCUGGUGUAUCCUUUAGAAGAUCAGUAAGUGAAAGAACAAGUUAAAACAUUUUUCUGUCAAGUAAUUUAAGUUAGGGGCGUAAAUAAAAGUUGGGAAGAGGGAGAUCUGUAUUUAAUGUUACUGUUGUAGCUGGCCUUGUUCAAAGAAAUGAGCCACCCCAUUUUGUCAAAUUCUUUCCCUUUUCCCUUAUGAAGAUGAGUUGUUCUCAUAGUGUAUAGUUCAAACUGAAAAGGGACUUUUUCAUAAAUGAGUCCCUAAAGGGGUUCUUUUAACCCACUCAAUUGUUUACUUCAGAUCAUGAAUAAUUAUAAGUUUAUGUUGCUUUGCACA